AUGUCGGGUGUAUCAGAUGGCAUAGCUUGUCAUGGCGUGGACUUCCAUGGAGAUAAUAGACAUGAGAUGCAGGCAGAAGGCACAGUGACUUUUGAAGACGUGGCUGUGAAAUUUACCUGGGAGGAAUGGAAUCUCCUUAGUGAGGCUCAGAGGUGCCUGUACCGUGAUGUGAUGCUGGAGAACCUGGCACUUAUAUCCUCCCUGGGUUGUUGGUGUGGAGUGGAAGAUGAGGCACCUUCUAAGCAGAGUAUUUAUAUACAAAGAGAGACUCAGGUCAGGAUUCCUAUGGCAGGUGUGUCUCCCAAGAAGGCCGACCCCUGUGAGAUGUGCGGCCCUAUCUUAGGAGACAUUCUGCACGUGGGAGAUCAUCAGGGAACACAUCACAAGCAGAAACUGCACAGGUGUGAGGCCUGGGGGAACAAAUUGUAUGACAGUGGAAACUUUCAUCAACACCAGAAUGAGUACAUUGGAGAGAAUCCCUACAGAGGCAGUGUUGAGGAAGCGUUGUUUGUGAAGAGGUGUAAGUUUCGUGUGUCAGGGGAGUCACAUGUCUUCAGUCAGAGUGGGAAGGACUUUUUUCCCAUUUCAGCAUUACUCCAGCAGGAGGCCACUCACACUGGGGAGAAGUCAAACAGCAAAACUGAGUGUGUGUCUCCCUUUCAGCGGGUGGGAGCUCACUAUAGCCAUGGACAAUCCAUGAAACAUUUUAGCACCAAAUAUGUACUCAGUCAGCAUGAGAGACUUCUCCCUAGAGAAGAGUGUUAUGUGUGCUGUGAAUGUGGGAAAUCCUUUAGCAAAUAUGAUAGCUCCAGUAAUCAUCAGAGACUUCACACUGAAAAAAAACAUGAAUGUGGAGAAUGUGGGAAAUCCUUUAGUCAAAAAAGAAGCCUCAUUCAACAUCAGCGAUUUCACACUGGAGAAAAACCUUAUGAGUGUGAAGAGUGUGGGAAAUCUUUUAGUUCAGAAGGACAUCUUAGGAGCCAUCAACGAGUUCACGCCGGAGAAAGACCUUACGAGUGUGGAGAAUGUGUGAAAUCUUUCAGUCAUAAGCGCAGUCUUGUUCACCAUCAGCGAGUUCAUACUGGAGAAAGAUCUUAUCAGUGUGGAGAAUGUGGGAAAUCUUUCAGUCAUAAGCGCAGUCUUGUUCACCAUCAGCGAGUUCACAGUGGAGAAGGACCUUAUCAGUGUGGAGAAUGUGGGAAAUCUUUCAGUCAAAAGGGCAACCUCGCUCUACACCAGCGAGUUCACAGUGGAGAAAGACCUUAUCAGUGUGGAGAAUGUGGGAAAUCUUUCAGUCAUAAGCGCAGUCUUGUUCACCAUCAGCGAGUUCACAGUGGAGAAAGACCUUAUCAGUGUGGAGAAUGUGGGAAAUCUUUCAGUCAAAAGGGCAACCUCGUUCUACACCAGCGAGUUCACACUGGAGCAAGACCUUAUGAGUGUCGAGAAUGUGGGAAAUCUUUUAGUUCAAAAGGACACCUUAGGAACCAUCACCACAUUCACACUGGAGACAGACUUUAUGAGUGUGGAGAGUGUGGGAAAUCUUUUAGUCAUAAAGGCACCCUCAUUCUACAUCAGCGAGUUCACCCUAGAGAACGACCUUAUGGGUGUGGAGAAUGUGGGAAAUCUUUUAGUUCAAACGGGCACCUGAGGAGCCAUCAGCGUGUUCAUACUGGAGAAAGACCUUAUGAGUGUGGAGAAUGUGGGAAAUCUUUUAGUCAUAAGCGCAGCCUUGUUCACCAUCAGCGCAUUCACACUGGAGAAAGACCUUACAAGUGUGGAGAAUGUGCGAAAUCUUUUAUUGAAAAAGGACACCUUAGGAGUCAUCAGCGAGUUCACACUACAGAAAGACCUUUUAAGUGUGGGGAAUGUGGGAAAUGUUUUAGUCACAAGGGUAACCUCGUUCUACACCAGCAUGGCCAUACAGGAGGAAGGCCUUAUGUGUGUAGGGAAUGUGGAAAAUUAUUUAAGAAGAAGUCUUGCCUCCUUGCACACCAGGGAAUUCACAGUGGAGAAAAGCCAUAUGCUUGUGAAGCUUGUCAGAAAUUUUUUAGGCACAAGUACCAACUCAUUGCACAUCAGAGAGUUCACACUGGAGAAAGGCCUUAUGAAUGCAAUGAUUGUGGAAAGUCAUUUACCCACAGCUCUACAUUCCAUGUUCAUAAGCGAAUUCACACUGGCGAAAAGCCUUAUGAGUGCAGUGAAUGUGGAAAAUCUUUUGCUGAAAGCUCCAGUCUCACUAAACACAAGAGAGUUCACACUGGAGAAAAGCCUUAUAAAUGUGAGAAAUGUGGGAAAUUAUUUAACAAGAAGUCUCACUUCCUUGUACACCAGAAAGUUCACACUGGAGAAAAGUCAUAUGAGUGUGAGGAUUGUCAGAAAGUUUUUAGCAAGAAGGACCACCUCAUUGCACAUCAGAGAAGUUCACACUGGAGAAAAGCCUUAUGGGUGCAGUGA